GAGAGAGAGACAGUGCGCGCGCUAUAAGAUUCCAAUUUUUGUUCACCGAUUUCCCCAAUGAGAACGGCCUUGGCUUUUCUCUCAUCACGCCUCUCAGACUCAUUUCACUCUCUCUCUCUCUUCUUGAUUUUUUUAAUUUUUUUCCCUCUCUCUCUUACAUUCCCAACUCUUCUUCUGUUUCAAUUCACUCUUCCCAGCUCUUUUAAGCUCAAAAAAUAUAUAUACUUAAUGCAAUGGCAAUCAAUUGCGUCACAAACACACUCUCCAUGUCUCCUCCUCCUCCUCCUCCUCCACUGCCUAAAGAUGAUCGGCCUCUAGUCUUCGACGCCUCCGUGCUCCGUCAUGAACAAAACAUACCCGCACAAUUCAUAUGGCCCGACCACGAAAAGCCCUGCUCCACGGCGCCAGAGCUCUCCGUCCCUCUCGUCGACCUUGGAGGUUUCCUCUCCGGGGACCCCAAGGCCGCCGCUGAGGCCUCGAGGGUGGUCGGCGAGGCCUGCCGUAAACACGGCUUCUUUCUCGUAGUCAAUCACGGUGUUGAUGCAACUCUCAUAUCCGAUGCUCAUAGCAAUAUGGACUCGUUUUUUGAGCUUCCUCUUUGUGAGAAGCAAAGGGUUCAGAGAAAGGUUGGCGAGCAUUGUGGGUAUGCUAGUAGUUUCACUGGAAGGUUUUCCUCCAAGCUUCCAUGGAAAGAAACACUUUCUUUUCGAUACUCUGCUGAGGAAAACUGUUCUAGCAUUGUCAACGACUAUUUCAUGAAUAGAAUGGGUGAAAAAUUCGUCCAAUUCGGGAAAGUUUACCAAGACUACUGCAAUGCCAUGAGCACACUUUCUCUGGGGAUUAUGGAGCUUUUGGGGAUGAGCCUUGGCGUAAGCCGAGCUCAUUUUAAGGAAUUUUUCGAAGAGAAUGAUUCGAUAAUGAGACUCAACUACUAUCCACCGUGCCAAAAACCAGACCAGACCUUAGGAACAGGGCCUCAUUGCGAUCCAACCUCUUUAACUAUCCUUCAUCAAGACACAGUUGGUGGCCUUCAAGUGUUUGUUGAUGAUCAAUGGCACUCUAUUAGCCCUAAUUUCAAUGCUUUUGUUGUCAACAUAGGCGACACCUUCAUGGCUCUAUCAAAUGGAAGAUACAAAAGUUGCUUACACAGAGCUGUGGUAAACAACAAAACUCCAAGGAAAUCACUUGCUUUCUUUCUUUGUCCAAAGAAGGAUAAGGUGGUGAGCCCACCAACCGAAUUGGUGGAUGGAAAGAACCCUAGAAUAUAUCCAGACUUCACAUGGCCGACGCUGCUCGAAUUCACACAAAAACAUUACAGAGCAGACAUGAAAACACUUGAAGCUUUCUCAAACUGGGUUCAACAGAAAACAGCUGAAGUUGCUUAAAAAACAGGGCAUCAAAAAAAAAAAAAAAAAAAAACCUUGUAUUCCUUAGAGUUUGUUAUUGUCUAUGGAUCGAUCAGCAAACGUCGACGACAGAGAGAGAGACCGGGGGGUGGGGAUGAAGUUGGGGCCGGAGGAGGGAGGAGAUAGUUGGGUUUUUGGCCAGGUUUUUGGCGGCAGUGACAAAGGCAGAGAAGGGCACUGUGGUCACUUUGUUUAUGUAAUGGGGAUUGGGGAAUGGGGUUGGGGUCUAGUUAGGAGUUAAUAGGUUUAAAAAAAUAUGGAUGAAUAAAGAUCAAUAUGGGGCCAAUUUUGUAUUUUCCUUCAUAAUAUAGAAACAUUUAUGAA